UUCAGUGAGUGAAUCGCCUUCCUCCAAGGGAGCAGUGAGGCUCUGAGGCUGCUUUGCUCCCUGCAUCCCCCCUUCACGAAGCCCGGCUUGAGGAGCAGCAGAGCACUCUACUCUGUAAGCGACACCAGUCUAAUUAAUUAAUGACUCCCCAGCGUCAGCUCUGUGGCUGCUGGGUUAGAAAGGAAGGCAGUAAAGAAGGGCCAGGACAGCACGCGACUGCUUCUGGUAAAUGCUGAACGCAGCUGGGAGCUGGCUGGGUUAUUCGUAACCUCCCGGCUUUGGACUACAGUGCAGAAGUCAGAGAUAUACUGGGAAGAGAAGAUGGCGUGGGAUCCACCCUUGCAGCAUCCUCUCUCCUGGGUGAGCUCUUCCUCCCUCUUCUUGUCCUGCUCCAGAGCAGCUGUGGCACAGUUAAUUGAGGCCACCACAGAACCCCCAAAAAAGAAACCGGACCCUGUCACUUCGGAGACGGUGGUGAUCUGGGGGCUGCGCCUCUGGCAGGUGAUUGGUAUCUUUGCCAUCUUUGUCCUGGCAGUCAUUAUUACGCUGUGCUGUAUCUUCAAGUGCCGGAUUCCUCGAACAAGGAAAGAGAUUGAGGCACGAUAUGCUCAACGACAAGCAGCCAAGACAUAUGCAGACAAGCUGGAGACUGUGCCACCACUCAAUGAGCUGACAGAGAUCCCUGGAGGCUCUACUGAAACUCUCCUAACUCUCUCUGGUCAUGUCCAGUCCAGACCUCUCAGCUCCCUGCCUGUGGUGAAAGAAGAAGAUGAAAUGGCCCUGCAAGGAAAUUAG